CAACCACAUGAAAUGACGUGUGUAAGAAAACAAACAAAAACGAAACACAUUCUCGCCCAACCUUGGCAAACACCGACCACCCAAGCCACUGUGGCGAGCUGCCGUAGAGGAAGAAUGAAAGACACUUUUCUUCUGAUGAGUCGCCAUUUUUCUGAGACUGAACAAGCCGAGAGCUUUGCCUUUGUUCUGAAGGUUGACUAAAAACAAAAGGUAGUAGAAGGAACUUUGGAGGUGGAAGGAUCCAAAGAUGUCCUAAUUUUGGCUUUGGGCAUCCCUGAGCAUUCUUGACAUGUUAGGGGGAUGCCUAAAGGUGUCACCCUACCCAAUUUUUUAAGACACCAAAGCCUGAGAGAAAAAGUCAGCUCGAAGCAACUACUAGGCUGGAAGAGCAACUUCGACAAUAUGAUGAGAGGAACCGUCGAAUUGAGGAGAAGUUAAAUCAAUUGAUGGAGCAAUUUAGAUCGACACAGAGCAAUAUCGGUGAGUCAUCGCAUGCUUCUGGUUCUUGUGUGGGCAGAGCAGCCUCUAAUGUAUCACCACCACCACCACCCCUAGCAGCACAUGUUGAACAAGUGGUUGUUCCACCAGUACUAGCACCACCACCACCACCACUAGCACCACAUGUUGAACAAGUGGUUGUUCCACCAGUACUAGCACAACCACCACCACCACCACCACCACUACCACAUGUUCAACCAAUGUUUACUCCACCAGAACCACAAGUUCCACCGACUAUGCAUGAGCUUGCUAACAAAACGAGAGACAACAUAGUUGCAUCGGGAUACAUCCUUAAGAGUGAUAGUACAUAUAUCCAUGGAAAAAAGAUGUCUAAAGAAGUUGCUUGUGUAGUCGUUGAGGUAGCCCACGAAGAGAUGGCUAUGCUACCAUUUCCUAAUUUGAAUGCAGGGAUCACUUUGAAGAGAAAGCAAGAAGAUAUUGAGGCGAUGAUACCUUCCACUCAACAUCCACAACCCCCAAAGCUUCCUCUUGUAGAGCCAUUGACGCACGAGGUAGAGUCAAUCUCUCAUAAUGAUUCGACAUCUAUGUCAAGCACUUUGACCUCUUUAUUGAAGUUUGUAUCACCAUGGGAUAAUGACCACCACAAAAAGAUUAAUAUCACAUCACAUGUAUUUGGAUACAACACGAUUGCUAUGCUUUUCAAGGAUGAUGUGACACAAUUUUGCAACAUGGACAAGAUUGGACAAACUCCGAUGAUAUUUUAUUUGAGGUUGUUGGAUUAUAUACUACAUACCAAUGGGUUGGAUCAUUUGUACGCAUUUCAACAUCCCGGUGAAGUUAGUGUAGGCCAUGAGAAUAAGCAUGCUCAAGCACUUAAAGAUCGAUUCAUUCAGAUGGGCGAGAAGCAGUUCCUUAUUUGUCCCUGGAAUAGCAAUGAACAUUGGAUGUUAUUGUUAUUUCAACCUCACUCACAUUCAGUGGCAUGCUUGGAUCCCAUUAACCUUCGGUUACGCAUUGAGAUUAAAAAUAUAGUCAGGUAAAGGUAAAGAGAAGCUCAACCAUCCAUGAGUUGGAGGGCAAUAGUAGUGAUAUGUACAUAUGUAGUCUGCUCGACCACCACGGCCUAGAUGCUCAAGGGAACUAUGGUUAAACCCAACUUUUGCCGCCUAGGUCGGCUUAUUGUGUAACAUGAGUAUUGUAAUUAACUUUUAAACUGAUGUUUUUGGGAUCCCGUGUAAAGAACGUGCUUUUAGCUUAAUGAAAAUGCUUAUGAUUUGACCAAAAGUUUUAAUACCUAAACCUUUAGUGGCUUAAUCACAUGUUUAGUCCAAAUGACUUGUUUAGCAAGUCCAACACUGGUUUUAAACACACUUGGUAACAUACCCUAAUUAGCAGGGCGUUACAUUAUCUGUUUAGGGCCGCAAGCCCCAUAAUGAUUUCAUGAUUUAUUAAUACUUGUAUACAUGCAGUAAUAAGUUUUCUUGCUGAGCCUUAGCUCACGGGUGCUAUGUGGUGUAGGUAAAGGGAAAGAAAAGCUUACCCAACCUUUAAUGGAGAGCUUAGAUGGCGACGGUACAUAUGCAGCUGCUUGACCACCACGGCCAAGGAGUUUCUCAGGGGAACUAGGGUUUAACCCUAUUUUUGCUGCUUAGGUCGGCAAAUUGUAACUUUUAUAUUAUAAUGACCAUUUUGGAUUGUAAACAACCUUGUAAAAACUUAUAGGAUCUUAUGUACAGUUAAAUGUUUUAAAUAAAAUAUAUCCAUUC